AUGACUUUUAUAUUGUUGUAAGGGUGCUAUGUGGAUGAUGAGAGAGAUGAAGAAUGGGAUGUCCUCCUAUUCAGAAAUAAUUAAAUUAUAAAAAAAAGAGGCGGUCGAAAUUGGAACAUUAAUACCUCUAGAUCCAUCAAAAUAGAACUAUUUCCAAUGAGAAUAAUAGGAACUGUUAAUGAGAAUGGGAAGGAAGAAGGAAGUUGGAUGUAUUUAAAAGAAACUGAUGAAUGCAAUAAAAAUAAUCGUUUGAACUUAUAAAGAGUUGAAUUUAUAAAUGGAAUAAAAAAGAUAAAUUACUAAAAGACAUUUUGA